AAUGGCUUACAUCCAUCAACUUACUGCGUACUACUAACGGACGGAGUACAGCGGAAGUGAUUUCAUUCCCAAUGCAACUUCUUUCAAACCACAAAUGAUGACAGGGAUAAGUUCACUCCAAGGGUCUGUCAUUCUUCCUGCAUAUUCGCUCCGAUAUACGCCACUCAUAUUGUGGCCCUAUGGCGGAUAUUUUACACUGAAUUUAGAUUUAUGCUUUUUGUCGAACCCCCCUCCCCCACCCCAAAAGAGCCCCUGCAUUGGCUUGUCCCGUCGCGUUUAAAAUAUUGUAGCUUGCUGCUCGUCUUUCCUCGAAUCAGACGCUGAGAUUGAGAUUCACAACCUCGGUCUGGUCUUGCUUAUCCGAACCGGGGUGGGUGAGGAGAGCCCUUCCUCCCUAUCAGUCCAGUAAGCAUCAUCAGGGAGGAGGACGCCUGGACGUAUUCAGCCCGAUUAUCCGCACAAAGCGAAGGUGGUUUGGCCUCCUUUGGUUGAAGGGUAUUGCAGCUUUUAGUGCAUGGCAUGUUGAGAGGGGAUGAAGAACUGACUAACUGGUUUUGCAAAAAGAAGCACAUAAACAGGGGGAUAUGAAUCUGAUUUUGCAGCUCGAUUCGAUGCAGUGUAACAAGUCAAACCGGCCCGUUUGCAACAGACAGGCAACCUGUGUGCCGCUAUACUAUGUAUGUAUGUACGAUUUGGUUCCACACUUGCGGGGUAAAUGGUAUGCAAGAGAAGGGCACGGUAAAACAGACCAGGUGAUUUUGCUGCUAGUGAAAAUCUAGCAGGAAGCUGAAAUUCAAGUCUGCAAGAUUCCGCUGCAUCUCGAGUUGAAAUGUUCUCAGAGAACAAACAAAUACUUGCAGUCAUGCAUUCCACAUGAACGCCCGUCCCAAGGUUCUUCCACACAAUUAAAACAUGGGAAAGGAGUCACAAUGGCAUUGAUAGAGGUAGGGGGCCCCCAGGGAGAAUAUGUACUUUCUCCAAUCCUGCGAAUAUCACAACUCUUAGAUAUCUACAGAGCUACAUGUACAUUAUUACGUACAUGUCAUGAGAACGCGCUUCUUGCAAAUAUUGGAAAAACCAAAAAUCCCCCCAAUUGCUCAGAAUUCCGUCGGACUGCUUUGAACAGGCAUCUCAAAAGCACGCGUGUAUCAGCCUAGAAAUUCUGCAGUUGAAAAGCCCCAAAACCAACCCAACAUAAACCAGCCAAAUAACCCCCCAGCAUGAAAUUCUCCCUGGUCGUCCUCUGCGUCCUUUCCACCGCCAUAACGACAGCAACAGCUAAGAAGCGGUGGUAUGGCACAGCCCCCUUCUGUAAUGCCCGAUGUCCCCGCGAUGAGAAGCCAUUUUGCGCGUCUACUUCCAACGAUGACGGAACAUGCCAUGAUCCGGAGUGUGCCCGCAUGUCAUCUGGGCAGUUCUGCGCCUUUGGGACUGUGAAACUGUGCUGUGAGGAGUGAAGAAGUUGGAGUUCCCGGGGUAUAGGGAUUGGGGUCGUAUGAUCUUUCCCGUCUGGUGGGAUGUGUUUUGAUAGUGGGGGGGAUGGGAGGGGGGCAAGAGGUUGGAAGGGGGACGCGAGGGACAUGAGCUGCCGGUUUGUUUGGCACAUUCGGAUCAUCGAGGAUAACUACUGCCUUGCCUUGUUCAAUAGUCCAAAGCUAGCCUGACUUGUAUGCAGGUAUGAUUAUUAAUGAAUUGACCGCUAUGUCGCAAGCAAAGAUGAGAGGCGAUUAAGAAAAGGCAAAUGAAAAUAUCUCAUGACUUGUUCUGAAAUGGAGUGAAAAUAACCACCAAGCAGUUUCUUCUAGCUAAAACUUUUUUUUUUUAAAGCCCCAUUGUUACUAUAUAUGACCGGAUCGCCAUGGAUUUGUGUGCUGCGCUAAAAGUUUAUUCUUUCCUUACAGGUCUUCCUCCACUGCCUAGAUCAAAUAAGCAUGACCCUUGGUGAUAGUUGCUUUUGUUUUUCAGCUGUCUUUCCAGUAUAUGUAUGUAUGGAAAACAAUUAAAAACUAAAUGAGAGUAACAACGAAAAUAAGUAACUUAGCCCUAGUUUUUGGCUAAGAAAACUUGGGAACGAAGCAAGAAAAACAAAAAGGGUUACAUGCGUGUUCUUCAUCCGAGGGACUCGAGGAUACUAGGAGCUACUAUGGUGGUAUCCAGAUGCGAACGAAGCUAAUGCAAAGCCCUCUUGAGAACGCGGGGAUGUUAUGGCUGAUACCUCAAAGCCCGAUUUUAUUAUUUCCAUUUUACUAGUUAUUCCAACAAAUUUCAUGAUGUGGGGUUUGAAACUGGGUGGCUUCUAGCCUUUCUACGAGUUGGGUGGGGGCCAGAAAAGAAAAGGGAGGAAGAAUGCUAGUUGGGUUUGAGUGCUAGCUCUGUUCUUUGCUUUUCUUUUUCCAUCUAUUUCUUGGCUUGUAGGGGAGUAAGGCUUUGAGGGGAAAUAAUGCCCUGGCGUUGAAAGGGAGGGAUGGUGAGGACUGAGGGUUCAGGCUCCUUGUCGGGGUUGUUAUCAGAUUUUCCACCAAUGCCAAGUGAAAACAACGAAGCAUAAUUCUUGCAAGUAUUGAGAGAUUGCUGAUUUGACACACAUCAAGGGUUGUGGCGAAGAACCUUGUCACAAUAUAUUUGCAAAGAGAAUGCUCUUAUCUUAGGAAUUUCAAGAGGGUUUUAGAAUAAAACUGGAAAGGGCAAAGGGGAUCUCAUUGUUGAACAGUUUGUAUUGUCAUUUUAAUUUUUGGUUUCCAUUUCCGCAUGAUCACAAUACCCGAAGUCUAGACGUCAUGCGUGGGAUAUGCGCCAAGUUUCGUAGUGUCCAAGUAAAGGGUGAAAAAUUAUGCAGGCGAACAAAAAUAUUGUACAAGGCCGGUUGACACCCCCAAGCAUAGAUCUGCCGCGGGGCUGUCAAGGGGUUUUGCGCUUCUGUAGCGCUCGGGAAGUGGGACGCGAGUUUUAUUGGGGGCCAAGUAUCAUUUCGGGUUCCGCUUUUAUAUUAAUUCCCAUAAAAUAUUAUUAUUAGAAGCAAAAUACGGCGUCAGUGGUUGUGCUGCCAACGGCCAGAGAGGAAGGAGAGGCGAAGAGGGCAUUAUUGUUGUUCCAGGCACAAGAUCUGCCCUCCUUACUCAUCAUCUUCAUCAUCAUCAACGACAUAUCGAUUUUUCUUCCUGGCAGGCGGUGAUCCAACUUCAGGUUCAGCACUCUUCCGAAGGGUCUCCACUGGUGACCUUUUUGGUGAGGGCUCUCUCUUUGAUGGUUUCUGUGGCGCUUCCUCAUCAACUUCUCCUUCGGCAUCGGCAUCUCCGUCUUCAAAUUCUUCUUCCUCUUCGUCUUCAUCCUCCAUAAUCUCUGGUUCUUCAUCGCUACCAACCAGGAAACCGUCAUCUUCGUCAUACUCAUCUUCCCUUGUCCGUCCUCUUCGAUCGUACUCAUCUUCCUCAUCGGAAUAUAUCUCCCCGCGACGAUUAGGUCUCCGUUUGGGUUUCUUUGCGCCACGGGCUCUGGUGGUCAACAUAUCAUCGUCGCCUUCUAAUCCAGCAACAGUGAGCCCACCUCCUCCGGUUCUAUAGGAAAUACCGACACGCCUUCCUCGGUCAAGAUCACGGUCUGCGGCCAGCUGACGCUUACGAUCUGCUCGCAAUUUCUCACGCUCUGCAAGCUCAGCACGUUUCUUGGCCAAUUCUGGGUCUUCAGCGACGUCAAACAUGGUGACAGUGCCAUCCGGGUUCUUUUUUGCACCCCUCGCAGCAGCUUCCAAUGACUCUUUGAGCCGUUGGACAGCGUCGUCGGUUUCCACCGUUGUUGGGAGGACGCUUAGCGACGACGUAAGGUGAGAGGUAAUACGGAACACUGAAGAAGCUUCAGCAGCUGCGCCGAGAUAAGCGUGUGCAUCCAACUCAGAAUCGUAGUCAGUAGCUUUUCGCGCCUUGUUAGAACGAGCGAGCCUUUUAGAUGGCAUUCGAUAUUGCUCCUUUGGAUUCGAUGCAAGUUGGAGGGUCAAUGAACCGUCUGACCAGCGGACAAUCCGAGCAUUCGAUUGAAGCAUCUCACCAUCGUUUGGAUCAUAGCGCCAACAGAGGGAUGUAGAUGCUGAGUUAAAGGGCGGAGCAACAUAUGUUUCUGGGUUGAAGUCUUCGGACUCAAUAGCGAGGAAAUUUGGUAUGGCCAAAGUGUAGACCUGCAGGAGCUGGUUUUAGUACAACAUCUCACGGAAAUAAUAUCUGAUACAGAAAAGCACAGUACCUCUCCGUCUGUAGAUUCUGGUUCUGGUACACGACUGAGACUCAGGUCCAUGACGUUUAACG